AUGAUUGAAGACCUAAUAUCUGAAUAUGGGAUCGUUCUUGCAUCUAUUGUCUGCAUUGUUAUCGGAGCCCUGGUGUUCAUGAAUAAGAAGGCACCAACAGUACUUCCAACAACCGAGUUCCAGUUGUUCCCGUUGAUCCGCAAAGAAAAAGUGUCGCAUGAUGUUGCCAUUUUCACUUUUGGUCUCCCAGAAGGCCACGUGCUGGGUCUUCCAACUGGUCAGCACGUUUCUCUAAGAUUCAAGGAUUCUGAAGGAAAGAGCCAUCAGCGAUCUUACACGCCAAUCACAGACAACAGCUCUGUCGGUGAAUUUUCGCUUUGCGUCAAAAUUUACAAGGCCAAUGUCCACCCCAAGUUCCCCGAAGGAGGAAAAAUGAGUCAACACUUGGAUUCUUUGAAGAUUGGAGACAAGAUGGAAAUCAAGGGGCCCAAGGGACACAUGGAGUAUCUAACUGGUGGAAAAUUCACGGUCAAGCCACUGGGCAAACCACUUGAACAUCGUCAAACGAAUCAAAUUAUUAUGCUUGCAGGGGGAACCGGUAUCACCCCUAUGCUCCAAAUUUUGCAUUUUAUUUUCAAGAACCCUGGAGUACCAAACAUUAAGGUCAAUCUUUUGUACGCCAAUCAGACCGACGACGAUAUUCUUGUACGAGCGGAGCUUGAAGCACUGCAAAGAGAUUUCAAGGGCCGCUUCAAUGUACACUACACUUUGGAUAGACCACCUGCCAACUGGGAAUACUCGACUGGUUUCAUCACAAAGGAAAUGAUUGCAAAGAAGUGUUUGUUCGGCGACUCGAGCGCCAAUACACAGGUCUUCAUGUGUGGACCUCCCCCUAUGAUCAAAUUCGCUUGCAAACCAAACCUAGAGGAGUUGGGAUUCACCGCUAAAGAGAUGGUCAUCUUCUAG